GUCACAAUAAGAUUUCAGCUUUGCCCAUAUAAAGAAAAAAGAAGCUAGUGGAGAUCAAGCCAUGAAAUCUAACCUAAAGCAAUGGAAACAACUCAUGCUGUUUGGAAUUUGUGCUUGGGGUUUACUGUUCCUGGUAAUAUUCAUCUACUUCACAGAUAGCAACUCCGUGGAACCAGUGCCAAGUUCAUUUUCUUACAUAGAAGCUAAGAAACUCCUACCUAUUCAAGGAAAGCAGAGGGCUAUCAUGGGAGCACUACAGGAUGCCUCCUUAUCCUAUGCCAUUGAUGACAAUAAUCUAAUUGAUGAAGAAGUUUUAAAGACCUUUAAGUUAGGCCAUGGUAACAUUAAAACCAUUGCUGACGUGGAAAAUUAUUUUGCAAGUGAGGAUGAAUUUAUCAUGUCCAAGAAAAAAGGCUUUGCUCAUAAAGAUUCCAGUCAGGCUCAAUCAUUCCAUUCCUUGUCUGGUGGAAGGUAUCAUCAAAAUGCACACUCCAGAUAUAGAAAAGUCAGGAGGAAUUCACAUCGCAAGAAACAACAUGUGUUUGAAGAAUACGAUGAUUGGAAUGGAUUCUCCUCAACCAUGUCUAAAUCAUUUCUUCAGAAGCUGUGGAAAGGUAAUGUGUCAUCAAAGAUGCUAACUCCUCGUCUACAGAAAGCAAGGAGGGAGUACCUCAGAGCUAACAAACUCGGCGUUAGCUUCUCCGGAAAGCACAACUCCAGAAAACUGAGUUCUCAAGAACUUCUGUGCAUUCUGAAAAAGAGAGCUCAUGUGAGAACUUUGGAUGGUAAGGAGGCUCCAUUCUCAAACUUAGGAUGGGAAAAGUAUUUUCCUCCGGUACCCUUGAGUAAACUGUAUCCACAAGGCUUCUCUACUUGUGCAGUGGUAUCCUCUGCUGGAGCAAUACUGAACUCUUCACUAGGAGCUGAAAUCGAUGGCCACGAUGCAGUGUUGCGAUUUAAUUCGGCACCAACACACAAUUAUGAAAAAGAUGUCGGAAAUAAAACCACCAUGCGUAUUAUAAAUUCUCAGAUCCUUACCAACCCCAAUCAUCACUUUACUGACAGCUCAUUAUAUAAAGAUGUCACCUUAGUUGCAUGGGAUCCUUCUCCUUAUUAUGCUGAUCUUCAUAUGUGGUACCACAAACCAGAUUAUAAUCUUUUCCCACCCUAUGAGCAACAUCGGAAAAAAAAUCCAGACCAGCCAUUUUACAUUCUUCACCCGAAGUUCACAUGGGAAUUGUGGAAAAUCAUCCAAGAGAACAGUGAGGAGAAGAUACAACCGAACCCUCCAUCAUCUGGUUUCAUUGGUAUCCUCAUUAUGAUGUCCUUAUGCAGGGAAGUCCAUGUGUAUGAGUACAUCCCUUCUUACCGACAGACUGACCUCUGCCAUUACCAUGAACAAUAUUAUGAUGCAGCAUGUACCCUGGGGGCAUACCAUCCCCUUCUGUAUGAAAAAAUGCUUAUUCAGAGGAUUAAUAGGGGAACAGAAGAGAAUCUUCUUCGAAAAGGGAAAGUCACUUUGCCUGGAUUUAGCUCUUUACACUGCCCUGCCAAUGAUCAUAUUACAUAAGGAAUGGUCUCUUUGUCUUGGAAAUAAUGUGCAAUAAUCUGCUACUGUUGUCAUGUCAGCAACAAUACUUGAAGAAGACAUCUCGUAGACCAUUGCAAGGCACAGGUCUCUAAACUUUAACUGACUAGUAGACAUAGAAAUGUCUAAGCCAUUGAGUAUUUAUUUCUGUUUUGUCAGAAUAGGGUGAGCUCUGUAACAAGUGGAGAAAUCUUGCGAAUGUGCUAGUUAGUAAAAAAAAAAAUCAAUAUUAUACUAUGGACUUGAAGGAGCUGCUCUCAUCGAUCCAUAUUGUGCCAUACGUUACCAUGUUUUUAAGAAGCUGUGAGUUUCUUUUGUACUUAUAAAUACAUCAAAACCUCUUCCAGAAUGGGUGACCUUGAUGUUCUGGAGCU